UUAACAGCGAUCACAAACCGAAAGUGUUUUAAAGACUUCUGGAUUCUGUUCCUGCAGCACAAGAUCGUCUGAACUACUGCAAGUCAUGAUGAGCAUCUGAUCGUCUUCAGAGACACAAAGAUCUCAGUGUUGAGCUGUUCAUCUGCAGUAUGUCAGAGAAGAGAGGAAAGAUGAGUCUCUCACAGAAACAGAGUGUAAGAUCAGGAUCACAUGUGUCUGUGAAGAGUGACCGGUCAAAGGGUGGUGAAGGACUGAACUUCAGUGAGGAAAAAACAUCAUUCAAAAGUGUAAGAUCAGGAUCACAUGUGUCCAGCUCUGUGUCUGUGAAGAGUGACCGGUCAAAGAAUGAUCCACUAAACUUCAGUGAAGAAACACCAUCACAAACCAAACGGCUUCAGUAUGAAACAUUAGAUCCAGAUUUACAGUCUCACAGGAAACACAAGAAUUUUACAGACAGUCUCCUGCAGAUCUUCCAGGAUCUUGAGAGCAAAAUAAUCAAAUUUCUAAAGAAAGAACUGGAAAAGUUUAAGAAAAUAUUACAAAAAGAGGACAUGCAAUACAUUGUGAAGGACUUUAAUGAGAACAGAUGCAGUAUGAAAGAAGCAGCUCUUGAUCUCACGCUCUACUUCCUGAGAGAGAUGAAGCAAGAUGAAGCUGCUGAUACUCUAGAAAAUGAGCUCUUCUUCAUUCAUCAGCUAAAAUGUAGCCUAAAGAAGAAGUAUCAAUGUGUGUUUGAAGGAAUUGCAAAGCAAGGCGAUUCUACACUUCUGAAUAACAUCUACACAGAUCUCUAUAUCACUCAGGGUGGUAGUGAACAGGUCAAUACUGAACAUGAGGUGAGACAGAUUGAAGUUGCUUCCAGACGUCAUGAAUCACAGGAGAUGCAGGUUGAGUGCAAAAAUGUGUUUGAAGCACCUGAACAAGACAAGCAGAUCAGAACUGUACUGACAAAA